AUGGGUCGCGGCAAGGUGGAGCUGAAGCGGAUCGAGAACAAGAUCAGCCGGCAGGUGACGUUCGCCAAGCGCCGGAACGGGCUGCUCAAGAAGGCGUACGAGCUGUCGCUGCUGUGCGACGCCGAGGUCGCGCUCAUCAUCUUCUCCGGCCGCGGCAGCCUCUUCGAGUUCUCCAGCUCGUCAUGCAUGUACAAAACACUCGAGAGAUACCGCAGCUCCAACUACAGUUCACAGGAAGUAAAAGCUCCACUGGACAGUGAAAUUAACUACCAGGAUUAUCUGAAGUUGAGGACAAGAGUUGAAUUUCUUCAAACUACACAAAGAAAUAUUCUUGGUGAGGAUCUGGGUCCACUUAGCAUGAAGGAGCUUGAGCAGCUGGAGAACCAAAUAGAGACAUCCCUGAAGCAUAUCAGGUCAAGAGAGAAUCAAAUGUUACUUGAUCAGCUCUUUGAUCUCAAAAGUAAGGAACAAGAAUUGCAGGAUCUUAAUAAAGACCUAAGGAAAAAGCUGCAAGAAACAAGUCCAGAGAAUGCGCUCCAUGUUUGCAGCUGGGAGGAAGGUGGGCACAGUGGCGCAAGUGGGAAUGUUCUUGAUCCUUAUCAGGGACUCCUUCAGCACCCAGAGAAUGAUCCUUCCCUGCAGAUUGGGUACCAUCAACAAGCCUACAUGGACCAGCUGAACAACGAGGACAUGGCGGACCCAAAUGAGCACGGUCGAUCUGGAUGGAUAUGA